AUGACCUUGUUUGCAUUCGGAAGCCGAACAUUUGCCCUCAAUCCAGAGCGAUAUAAUAUACUUGAUUUCAUCUUGUAUUCCUCAGGUGUUUCUGUUUGUGCCAGUGUAUUGACUAUAGUGUGCAUGAGUGUGGAUCGGUUUUUGGCGAUUUGUCACCCAAUGAAAAGCCGCCAGUACUGCACAGUGCCUAUUGUUCGAAAAGUGAUAGUUCUCACCUGGUUCUUAUCUGCCCUCGUCAUGAUACCUAUCAUCGUCGUGAAAAGACUUGAUGUUUAUGACAACAUUGCCGGGAAGAGUUUGUCGUUCUGCAGGGAGGUUUGGGGAAGAGGUGGGUCAGACCGGCAGCUGUACGACCUUUUCUUGCUUUGUUUCAUUUACGUCUUGCCUGGGAGCCUUGUCGUGACUUUAUACAGCAAGAUAGGAUUGGCCCUUUGGUCCACCAACAGCGCCUUACAUCGCCAGGACUCCUUGGUCGGUAACUCCAAUAAAGUAAUUCAAGGCCGGCGCCGUGUUGCUCGCAUGAUGAUCGUCAUUUCUGUUCUGUUCGCUGUCUGCUGGCUGCCAUAUUACAUCAUGACGAUAUAUAUGGACUUCACCCCUGACAAGACGUCCCAGGUUACGCCAGAAGUGUACUCCUUCGCUUUACUGUUAGGCCACUCCAACAAUGCC